AUUGUGCCUUUUGUACGCUGGUUUCCUGCUAUGGCUUGCUGUACAGGUUAAAAACCAUGGGCUUCACUGGUCCCCUUUAUAUAAAUCACUAACCACAACGUAACAAGCCAGAAUACUUCGCCUACCGCGUGGAAUAACGUGAGCUGAAGAAAGUCCAUCAAAAAUUCCAACAAGAGUUUCACACAUCUAUUUACUCAUCUGGUGGACAAAUUUGAGAAACAGAGUUAGCUGAAAAUUUUCAUUUCUCAAAAAUCGUGCCGAACGGAAAUCUCUCAUCACUGAUAAUAAAACUGUACCUGGUUUUGUUCCAAUCACUUUGAAACUUUUUACGACCAGAAAUAAUAUGUCGAAGGCUACCUGUCAAGUUGGAAUCCCAGUAAUUGAUUUAUCGAGUUUACAAGAUCCACACAAUCAGAAUGAUUCUACGAAGACAACAAAAUCCAUCGCCGAAGCAUGCAGAGAUUACGGUUUCUUCUAUGUCAAAAAUCAUGGCGUGAGCGAGCUUGUACAGAACAAUUUAUUGAAUACUUUGAAGAAAUUCUUUGCCUUGCCUCUGGGCGAGAAGGAGAAAAUCAAAUCGCAUGGUACACCGGGCAUGGCCGGUUACUUCAAAUUUCAAAGUGAAACAACAGCUUACUUGGUCGAUGACACCCCGGACUGGCGUGAGGGAUUGUAUGCUUUCGGAGACGAACUCCCUGACUCCCACCCGAGCAGAGAUAAUUUUCCACUUGUGACACAAGGAAAUCUAUUGCCUGAAGAACCUAGGAAUUUCAAGGAAAUUCUUGAUGCGUAUGAUGAAGAGCUGAAAGAAUUGGGUUUCAAAAUUAUGAGUGCUCUAGCGCAAGGCAUGGGUAUGUAUGUAGUUGCAAUAUACCUGUCACGUUUUAGGAAGAGUUGCUAUUUUAAUUUAGACUUCUGUAAUUUUGCAUUCUUUUGUAUUUUAAACUUUAAAUCCUAAACCUAACUGCCCUUACUCUAACCUUAAUCCUACUGUAAGUCCUAACCUUUCCCUAAUCCAAACCCUAAUCCUAAAAGUCUAAAAAUAUAUACUAACUGUUCCUAAAUCGUGAAUCAUAUAUGAGUUGCAAACCUACUGUAUCGUCGUAAUCAACAUUUUCACAAACCGCAUGAUGACGGGGAGUAUAAAAAAUGCACGCGUUUUAAAAAGACCCAUUAUUGAACUCUCUGUGCGCUUGUGAAAAUAUCAAGGACAAUUAGGCUACCUUGCUACUCUUUCUUAUAAAAUUAAUUUAAUCACUGAUGCAUUUGGUAGAGUCAUCGCGAUCAUAUCGGGGAAUAUUACAAAUAUAACUGAAAACCCCAAAAGUCAAAAAUACAGGACUAAAGGACACAAAGUACAACAUUUUCUCACUGGUAUCAAGCCUGAGACCAACCACAACUCAUAGCAGCAGAUUUAAGGUUCACUACUUACAAAGGCAGUAAAACAAGACAAGAAAACCACCAGAUCCAAUCACUCUAUUACUACAGUUCGAUUUUCAUGUGUGCAUUGUUUACAAGAACUUUUCAGUCGGCUUUCUAUAGUUAUAUUUCAUUCAAAAUAGUUUUCUAUUAUUCUGACACUACAGGGUACAAGGAGGGAAUGUUGCCUUCUUAUAACUUACAGUCAAAAUAGAAGAAACUUCUGUAGUCUCAUAUUGUUGUAAAUUUCUGUAAAUUGUUCUAUUUUUCUGUAACGGUCACCGAAUUAUUGUACAGCGACGAAAUUUAGUUUUCUUUGUUUUUAUAUGAUAAUUUGUUGAAGGAUGCAUUUUUCGUUAGAUUCACUGCAUUUUAGCACAUAGUAAGAGCUGCAAAAUUUGAAUUUUAUCACGGUAUUUAUCUAUAAAUCUGUAACCGCUACAGUAAUACAGAACACAUUAUAGUAAACGUCAACAGACUACAGUGGGAAGGUUCUUAUAUUUUGACUGCAAUUAGCCUUUCUCGCGAAGGUCUAAAUUCGCCAUUUUGCGUACUAUUUUAUAAAUGUCAAAAAUCUAAGCGAUGUGAAAAUAAUUUUUCAAAUAUUUACAGUCGUGUCAAUAGAAGCGUUCCGAAAAAUGUUGAUCAAUUCAUUUCCUAACUUCGAGGAAUUCCUCUGAACAAUUCCUCAACAAUUUGAUACUGAGUUCCUUAAAAAGUUCCUAGCUUCCUGUUUCAUUGACCAAUCAGAUUUUAUAUUUUAUUUUUGAGCAAUCUGAUUGGUCAAUGAAAGUAGAAGUUAGGAAUUUUUUAAGGAACUUAUCAAAUUGUUGAGGAAUUGUUCAAGGAACUCCUCGAAGUUAGAAAAUGAAUUGAUCAACAUUUUUCGAAACGUUUCUAUUGGCACGACUGUAAUUGUAAAUCGAUUUAUAAUGAAUAUACUUACAACUAUAGUUAUAGAAAGUUUCAUUUUCACUGCUUACUAUCCCUGUUCUAAUCGCCACCCAAAAAUGGCGGCGUAAGAAAGGCUAAUUCAACCUUAUUCUUUGCAGGGUUAAAGGAAGAUUUUUUCACUCAAAAAUUUCUCCCAUAUUCCUCGACGACCAUUGGCAUGUUCCACUAUCUUCCGAGCAGAAAUCAACCAAACGAGAUUUGCUGUGGAGAACAUACAGACUAUGGUAUGCUGACCAUUCUCAUGCAAGAUGAUGUCGGAGGGUUGGAGGUACGAAGUGACGAUGGUAAAUGGAUCCCAGCUCCGCCUAUCCCAGGAACGUUUGUCAUCAAUCUUGGAGAUAUGCUCGAAGUGUGGACGAAUGGUUCAUAUAAAGCCACAACUCAUCAAGUCAGGAAGUCAAAAAGUGGAAGAGAUCGUAUUUCUGUUGCCUAUUUCUUUAACCCGCGGUUAGAAUGCGUCGUCAGCCCUCUUGAGAUGAAGAAUCCACUAAUUCCAUUCAAAGAAAGGGAACUGAAUGGUAAUAUUGAAUUACCAGUAGUCUUUGGAGAAUUUUUAGAAGAAAAGUACCGAGGCACUUUUCCUGACCAUGAUUAUUGAACUUCAUCGUAUAAUUAAAAAUUUCUUUGUUUACGUAAACGUGAGUGUAAGAUAAGAAUAGAAUGAGGUAUAGUUAAGAUAAUGAUAGGACUUAGGGCUUUUUUCAGGGAAUUUUGUAGGCCGUUAAACGGCUUCAAAAAGUCAAUCUUGAAUUGAGAUAAACAAAUAUUCAUGGAAUCUAUAUAUAACAAAAAAUUGAUAUCACGAGCUGUUUUGCGAAAUUGAGAGCAAUUUCAAAUCUGUUCAGUUUUUUUUAUACACCGUGUAUAUUUUGUUGCCGAAACAAGGAAUGGAUAAAUCCAGAAGUAUAACUCUUUAAACACAUUAUGUUAUCUUUGUCAUUUAUAUAUUAUCAGUGAUCUCAGUAGCCAGUUGUAAAUUACCGUAUAUGAGCGAGAUUUGCAAUUGUAAUAUAUAAGAUAAAUAACCGUUUAAUAAAGUUUCCAUUAGUAUUAUUAUUUAUUAUUAUAUGGC